AUGUCAACCCCCUCAGAUCGCCCAGACACAUACGCCACAAGUCAGGCUUCAACACAGCAACAUGCUCUAGGAAUUCCUCGACCUCCUUCCGUGGGAGGAAUCUCUUCCCGGGUGACAGAUGAUGAUGGAGAGCGAACCCCGUCUUAUACGUCACCUCCCCCUCAGCACCAGUCUCGGUCAUCUGUUUCUCGUCGUGGUCCGCCUCCAACCCGGACCUCUAUCACCAGCCAAGUCACCAGCAGACCUGGAAGCUCGGGAAGCAGGCUCAGCAGGUCGCAUAUUCCAUCCCUGACCGCACAGGGAUUUUUCCGACCAAUGAGUUCGCAACGAUUGCAGGCACACCGAGGAACACGACCUUUAACGAAGGGGACCGGCUCAUCCACCGACGAAUGGACUCAGCAGGGCAGCCAACACCGUGGGAGCUUGAUCUCCAACAGCACAGUUCCACAAGGUUCUCUUCCGACUGAGAUGGAAGUCCCGCCAUCACGAGGGACAGAGUUCACCGAUCCCAUAAUUCCAGACCGCAACACCUCGAACGCUAGCCCUACGGGUAAUACAACUAUCCGGAGUCUGGGUGAGAGUGUCCGACUUUUGCGGGAUCGAGAUCAGAAAGAAAAGCCUCAGCGUCUCAAUUUAGGCGCUAACUACACAGGGCAAGCUGCACAAGAGGCACCGCCGCCCAAAUCACCCCUUUCGUUCCUGUCACUGCAAAAUAGGGGCGUUGGACACGGCAAUCACGAUUCGCGGAGUCACCAAGGGCACGAACACCUUUCCUCGGCUGGGUCUUCUCCGAGCCCUCUUGAUGUCAAGAAACCGCAGCUACCAAGAACAAAUUUAGGCAAAAAUUACGAAUACUUCCUCGGCAACACCUUGUUCUGCGGAGGUGGACGGCUCCAAAACUCUCGAGACAAGCCUGUUAACAUUGCAACCGGUCUUCUGGUGGUCAUUCCGUCUGCCUUGUUUUUUGCCUUUUCGGCUCCUUGGCUAUGGCAUAACAUUUCCCCCGCAGUUCCCAUCUUGUAUGCCUAUGUCUUCUACGUGUGUUUUUCGUCCUUUGCUCACGCAUCUGUUGUCGAUCCCGGAGUUAUGCCUCGCAAUGUUCAUCCUAUGCCCCAUUCAGAAUCUACAGGUGAUCCAUUGGUACUUGGUCCCCCCACCAACGACUGGGUGAUGGUCAAGCUUGCUACCUCAGAUGUAGCUGCCAUGGAUGUACCUGUAAAGUAUUGCAAGACGUGUAAUAUUUGGCGACCCCCUCGUUGCUAUCACUGUCGGGUGUGCAACAACUGCGUCGAAACUCUUGAUCAUCACUGCGUGUGGCUGAACAAUUGUGUUGGUCGCCGAAACUAUCGCUAUUUCUUCACGUUUGUCAGCUUCUGCACCCUCCUCGCACUAUUUUUGAUUGGCGCGAGCUUGGCUCAUAUCCUGGUUUACAUGUCCCGAGAAGGUGUGUCCUUCGGAGCUGCGAUCUCCAAAUGGAGAGUGCCUUGGGCCAUGGUUAUUUACGGCAUCGUCGCAGUGCCGUACCCAACUUCUCUUUGGGCCUAUCAUCUCUUCCUGGUCGGCAGAGGCGAAACCACAAGAGAAUACCUCAAUUCGCACAAGUUUGCCAAGUCUGACCGGCAUCGACCGUUUACUCAAGGCAAUGUCAUCAAGAACUGGAUUGCUGUUCUUGGGCGUCCUCGGCCUCCUACUUACAUGCAAUUUAAGGAGCAGUAUGAGGAUGGUGACCAGCGCCUGGGCACCCAAAAGCGGAAAUACCGUGUCCCAGAUGUUGAAUCCCAAGCCAUUGAGAUGCAACAUGUCGGUCCUCACCAGGACUGA